UUACUUCGUAAUAAUAAUAAAUUUAAUACUAAAGAUGUGCGAACAGCUGUGUGGCAACGAUCUUAGCUGCAGUUUGAACUUGCCGCCCAUUAAAGGACGUCCUUUUCCCGUUCUGUUGCUCAGCUGUUGGCAGCGGGAAUACGAUGUGCGUCCGUACAACAAAUUUAAGUUCUCUCGUCUGGACUUUGAGGAGCGCAUGAAUCGCAAUUUUCGCUGUAUAAGUGACCUACACACCAUUGUUAAAUUCAUGUUGCAGCGUCGUCUGCUCUCCGUGUCUAUUUCCGGUGUUGUUGUAAGCAAUCGGGAUGCAGGUUUGCUGCAGAGCUUUGUUCGCUCGCUUUCAAGCGUGUCAAAGAUUGAAUUGAAGCUCAUGCGUCUGCCAUAUGAGUUCUUUGUCAUGUUGCGCUUAAAUGUCCAUAAGAUGAAGUUGUGUGAACUCAGUUUGAAGGGCACUCCAUUGUCCGACAGGGAUGCGAACAUGUUGCGGGAGUUUCUGUUGGCCAGUAAAACGCUGCACACUCUUAACGUGUCCAGCUGCAGCCUGUGCCAAUACAACUUUGCCACUGUGGCCGAUGGUGUUCACAAAUCAAGUAGUAUACGCAAGUUGUGUGCCAAUCGUCUAGUUGGCCUCAAUCUGUCGCUGGACACGGAUAAAAUCGCCUCUAUUGUGGGCUCACUGCUAAUGCAGAAUAAACUCGUGGAGCUUACCAUGAAUCAGUGUGAAUUUGUUGCCCAGGACAUGGAGAUAAUAGCCGAGUAUCUGCAGAACAAAAACAGUUCGUUGAAGAGACUAGAACUGGCCUACAAUAAGAUCUCCGCCGAUGGUGCCAUGUUCCUCAUGCGUGCCAUUUCCCAGGGUGGAGUUCUGGAGCUGCUCGACAUUAGUGGCAACACGAUUGGCACCCAUGGCGGCGAAUGGAUUGCCAAGUACUUCAGCUCCUGUCAAAUGUUGCAGCAUUUGUAUAUCAAUAACAAUGACAUUGCGGCCAGUGCCAUCAAUCUCAUUCUGUUGACUCUCAAGAAGCCCUGUCGCAUCAAGCGACUGCAAGUGUAUAACAAUCACUUUGAUAAGUGCUCUGCACAAAUUCUGCAUCGCCUGCUGGAAGCCAAGAUAUUGAAUAACGAUGAAAUCGACAUUAGCUGCACCUACGAUCAGGAUAGCAAACAAUAUCGCAUUGUGCCCUGGCUUUAAAAAUUAUUGUAGUUUAAUUAAUGUGUUUUUUU